UAUAUUUAAUCAUUAUGUUAUAGAAAGCAGUGCCCCAAUUUUGAGAAUGACUGUGCCAGAUUCCAAAGUGACUUCAUUAAUUUGGGGUACAUUGGACCAUACAAUAAUUACUGGACAUGAAGAUGGUGCUAUUACUCAAUGGGAUUUGAGAACUGGAAAAAGCAUAGAAACUGUAAAAGACCAUCAAGGAUCAAUCAAUGACAUGCAAAAAAACCGACAAGGUACUAUGUUCGUUACUGCAUCAAAAGACAAAACUUCAAAGUUAUUUGAUGUUGACGAUUUGUCAGUCCACAAAGUCUAUGUGACUGAACGUCCUGUCAAUAGUGCUUCACUUUCACCUGUAUAUGAUCACGUGGUAUUGGGUGGUGGUCAAGAUGCUAUGGAUGUAACAACAACAGCAGCACAAGCAGGAAAAUUCGAUGCUAGAUUCUUUCAUGUAAUUUUUGAAGAAGAAUUUGCAAGAGUGAAAGGUCAUUUCGGUCCCAUAAAUUCAUUAGCAUUCCAUCCAGAUGGUGAAAGUUUCAGUACAGGUGGAGAGGAUGGUUUCAUUAGGGUACAAUCAUUUGAUCCGUCUUACAAAGAAUUUAGAUUUGAUUAUUGAUUAUUAUUUUAGUGUUAGCAAUUAAAAAAAAAAUAAUAAUAAUAAAAACGUCUUCCAAAAAAAUCAAUUGUUUAUCUAAUUAUCUUAUUACAAACCAUCUAUGUUGUUUAAAAUUAUCAUUUGGCAAACCUUAUUGCCCUAUGUUAUUUGAAUUCCUUUUAUUUAUCAAUUUAUGUUGUAAUUUAGCAUAUAGAUCAACUUCUAAUUUUAAAGUUAGCUUAUUAAGAAAAAUAUAUUAUUUAAAAUUUUUAUAAGACAUCCCACACAAAUUUGUCAUCACCCUCUAAAAAAUAUGUAACAUUCAGCAGCCCAUGCUUAAUUUUGUUGGUUUUAAUAAUAGAGUGAAUUUAUUAUUUAGAUAUUAUUAAACUUAGGUAACAAUAUUUAAAUAUUUUGUUUCAAUCAUUUUUAAAUUUUUGUGUUUACUUACAUGUUUACACUUGCUUAAAUUUACAGUAUCAAAAAAACCCAAAUAAUGUUUUUAGUUUGAUACCUUUAAGUUGGAUGAUUGGUCAAUUCACAGUAAUAUUAAAACUAACAAAGGUUAAUGUAAUUUGGCAUAUUAUGCACAUGUAAGAUGUAUACAACAAAUAUGGGUGUUUCAUGAACCACUUAAGAAUAACUUUUAAAUUAUAAUUAAUUUUUCACAUGGAUUAUAGAUUAUUGCAAAAUA